ACAAGAGCAGUAUUAUCGAUCGUCUUGAACGAGAGGACUUUUCUCUGCACACAAAGUAUCUCUGUCUGUUACUCGUUGUGUUUUUAAGGAUAGCAAAUCACUCAAGCGAGAAAGUCGCUGAGGUGGCAACACUACGCGUCGGUCAACCGUGAGAGAGAGAGAGAGAGAGAGGGAGAGAGAGAGGGAGCCAGAGAGGGAGCGAGAGAGAGGAUGCCAGCAGCAGAGGACUCGUAUGAGGCACCGCUUGGCCGGACCGGUCCAUACCAUGAUGUAUGAAGAGCAGGACCGGUCCAUACCAUGAUGUAUGAAGAGCAGGACCGGUCCAUACCAUGAUGUAUGAAGAGCAGGACCGGUCCAUACCAUGGAUGUAUGAAGAGCAGGACCGGUCCAUACCAUGGAUGUAUGAAGAGCAGGACCGGUCCAUACCAUGGAUGUAUGAAGAGAACCGGACCGGUCCAUACCACCCAUUCUCAAAUACAAGCUCUCUCCCUGUCGACCCUUUUUGGGUCGGACUCUGCAUAAUUGAGCAAUAAGUGAAGCAUCCGAACGUCACUUCAGAGUAUUGUCUAUUUCCUAAUGUAACAUUUGUUUGCGAGACCUUGAGUUGAAUCGACUGAGAUGUUCAGGAGAACAUUACCGACCCACUGACAUAUUUGCAACCGUUCCAUGAUGGGUGUCAAUAAAGUUGUGGACAACAUCUGUCAGCUGUCUCCAGAUCUGUUGACUGAAGCAUGUCAGCACAUUCUGAUUUAUCUUCAGGGGCAAACCGGAGGAGUUGAUUCAGCUGAAAUUUCUGAGAGGUUUCAGAGAGCUGGAGUCAGACUCGACCAUGAAGCUCUGCAGAACAUGAUCAGAUUUCUCCUGUUAACAUUCAGGUCCGCUGGGAAGAACCGCCUCUCUGGGGACGACCUAGUCUCGAGGCUGGAGGAAGAAGGCCACCACGCGUGGCCGAAGGGAUCCCUGAAGGUGUUUCACGGGCUGUGGAGUGAACACGGUGCGUCGGUCCACGCUCAGCAGGAGGUCCAGGCCGCGCUCAGCAUCGGCCAGCUGGUGGACGUGCAGUGGAAGCUCGGCAUGGCGAUGAGCUCUGACACCUGCCGCUCGCUCAACUCCCCGUACGUGUCUCUGCUGCUGAAGGUCGUCGAGCCCUCUGGGCAGAUGCGUCACAGGUCUUUUGAGAUGACCGUGCCACAGUUCCAGAACUUUCACAAGCAGUUCAAGGAGAUGGCAGCUGUCAUGGAGACGGUGUGACUGGUACAAGCUAAGGGCUCAUGGAACCAUCAGAGAACAGCUUGACACGCGUCUGUCGUCU